ACGAAGCUGCAAGCUGCAAGGCAAGAGAAGCAGAGAUCUGCACAUCACAGGCUCCGAGAGCGCAAAACCUCACCUGAAGCACGGCAGCCACAGAGGACCAUGGCAUUUGCAGGGAUGCUGAGCGAUGAGGACAUCAAGGCAGCGGUCCAGGCUUGUCAAGCUCCGGGCACAUUUGACUUCAAGUCGUUCUUUGCGCAAGUGGGACUGACCGGCUCAUCUGAGGCUGAUGGGAAAAAAGUGUUUACAGUCCUGGACCAAGACAAGAGUGGAUACAUUGAGGAGGAGGAGCUCAAACUCUUCCUUCAGAAUUUCUCUCCGGGGGCAAGGGAGCUGACUGUGGCUGAGACCAAGAGUCUGAUGGCGGCAGGAGAUAGGGACGGCGAUGGCAAGAUUGGGAUGGAAGAGUUCUGCGAUCUCCUGAAAUAAAGAGAGUGAACACACAUGGCCACAGCUGUCUCUCUUAUGGAAAUCCAGACUUUCCAGAUUGUUUGCUGCAAAGACCAGAAACCUCAGAUAUUGUGUACCUGCCUGCUGCUCUCCUUAUUGAUGUGAUACGGUAAUGCAUAAAAUGUUUGUUUGGACAGAGGGCUAAAGCUGGAUAUUAGUUGUGUGUGUAUUUAAUCAAUCAGGUACUUGGAAUUGAUUAAUAAACGUAUUUAUUAGAUGUGA